AUGCGGGUCGUUAUAUUUGUUCUUUUGUUCGUCCUACCUCCAUUUAUUGAAUGUGUUGGCCUGGCUAGAGGGCUUUACUGCGGGCUGGAGACUUGUUAUGACGGUAUGUUGGAUAAUUGGGGUUUUAAACAUUACUGUAUUUUUUUUUAGUUCUGGGAAUUGAAAGAGAGAAAUUCGACAAACCCUCGUUGUCGAAGAUCUACAGGAAUCUCGCCAGGAAAUAUCACCCGGAUAGGAUAAGAGGAGACGUAAGUAUUAUCAACAUUUGUUUUCUAAAAAAUACAUUGUUUUUAAGCAGAAAGUUUCAGGCUGCUGAAAAGGAAUUGGCUAUUGAAAAGUUCAGACAAAUCGCUACAGCUUAUGAAACUUUAAAAGAUGAGGAAACUAAGCAAUACUAUGAUUACUAUCUCGACCACCCGGAAGAGAGAUAUUACAAUUACUAUCAGUACUACCGUAUGAAGACUCCGAAGGUUGAUGUUAGGUUGGUGAUUGCGGGAACUGUUCUACUCAUCUCUUUCAUUCAGGUAUAUAAUAAUCCUAAUAACCAUGUAUGUCUCUUAUUUUUAGUACACAAGUGCCAGGCAGAAAUAUUCCGAAGCUCUCUCCUAUGCCAAAGAACAAGUAAAGUUCAGGAAUAUGGCGUUAGACGUGGCCAAAGAGCGAAAAUUGUUAGAGUUCGAUAAAUCGGGCAAGAUUAAGAAGAAGCAACCCAACGGAGCGGAUCCAGAUAAGAUCCUGGGGUCUAUCAUCGAAGAAAACAUAAGCAUAAGUGGCGGAUAUAAGAAGGCCACUGUGAAAAACACAUUACUCUUUUAUAUCCUUAUGCUGCCUUAUACAACUAUCGUUUAUGGAGUCUGGUGGUCGAAAUGGGUCACGAAAUAUUGGAUAAACAAGGAAGAAUACGACGAAGAAGCAAAAUUAUACCUGAUCAGAAAGAAUUUGGGAAUAACCGUGGAUCAUUUUAAUGUAGGCUUAUAUUAAGACCAUGAUAUUAUAACAUAUAGGGAUUGGAAGACCACCUUAUACAAGACUAUCUGGAUAAAGAAAUCUGGAAAAAAGAAGAAUUCCAAAAGUGGAAAGCAAUAAAAGAAGAGGAGGAAAAGGAAGAAAUGGCCAAAUCGGCACGUUAUCGACAAUACAGGAGGUACAUGAAGAAACAAGCGGGGCAAACCAUAUCUUUUCUUGAUGAAUAA